ACAUAUGAUAAUUCAUCAUUGAGCUGACACACAGGAAUAAACUUAUAGCAAUUUAAACAAAAAACAAAUGCAAAGGCUCUUACAUUUCUAUGAAAUGUUCAUAAAAUCAUGACCCAGAUUCUUAGAGACUUUAUUUAUUUUGCCUAUUGUAACAGGACAGGUCAUUUGGAGCAGAUCCGACACUGGCGUGAUUGUGAAAGACUGGAGCUAUCAUUGGCACAGCGCUAUAAAAAGGAAAGCCGUGUUUGAACUGCCUCGACGUCUCGCCCCGACAUACGCGACCAUGGACAUAGGAACUGCAAUUCUAAUGAUCUGUUUUGCUGCUCUAGUUGCAGCCUUUUUCUUGUUGGUAAUCAGAGUGUUUUUUUCUGAGGUAAUGAAUGCUGAAAUUCCUCUCGGAGUUGCCAGUCGUGGAAAACUGCAGGUCAUGCACUGCAGUAUGGUCGGGAUAGAAGUCACGGGUCGUAUCCUGGAGCGCCUGGGUUUGUGUAAUCAGGUGCAUUUUACCCGAUGGUGGACAGGUUGUAUGCUUGGCCGUAAACGUCCCUCCCCUGCUGAUCUCCGCAUUAAAGACUCAACCUUUGCUGGAGUGCCAGUGAGGAUCUACGAACCCACAGCUGUUUCCGAGCACAAAAGACGAGGACUCGUGUAUUUUCAUGGAGGAGGAUGGGUCCUCGGCAGCAUCGACAUGUACGAUGAAGUAUGUCGACACAUUGCAAGCAAGAGUGACACCGUGGUCGUGUCUGUUGGUUACAGACUCGCUCCCGAGCACCGUUUUCCUGCCGCACUAGAUGACUGCGAGCUCGCUACACGUCAUUUCCUGUCUGUGGCGGCUGAUUUCAAUGUGGACCCGCUUCGUGUGGCACUGGGAGGAGACAGUGCAGGUGGUAAUCUAGCAGCCGCUCUUAGCCAGAGGCUGGCCACAAACCCGGAUGGGCAUCUGCCGUCACCCUGUGGCCUUGUCCUCAUCUACCCGGCUCUGCAGAUGGCCGACUUCAACCUGCCCUCUUAUCAGCAGAACCACGCUGUGCCUGUUUUGCUCCGUGCUCGUACGGCAUUCUACUAUCUCCAGUACCUAAAUGGUGACAUGUCUGUGUGCCAGGAUGUGCUGGAGGGCAGACAUGUUCCUGCCGAGCUAAAGCUGCAUUACAGCAAGUGGCUCGACCCCUCAAACCUCCCACCAGAAUUCCGAGGUGGAACCCAAAAGCAGGUGGUGACAGCCCAUGACGGUGAAGUGUAUCACAUAGUUAAAGGUGGUCUCGAACCGGGGAUUUCUCCUUUACUGGCCGAGGAUAAAGUUCUCCGCCUCACGCCACCCACUUUUAUCUUGACCUGCCAGUACGAUGUGCUGAGGGAUGAUGGGAUUCUGUACAGGAAGAGGCUGCAGGACCUGGGAAUCAAGGUCACAUGGUAUAAUGUCCCUGAUGGCUUCCAUGGCAUUAUGAACUUCUUCAGAAAGGGCUGGAUGAGCAUUCCUGCUGGAGUGAAGGCCAUGGAGCAGAUUGUCAGUUACAUAAAGACACUCUGAGGCCUGGAGGUUCUACUCCAGUGUUUUCUGUUCUCCAGCCUAUACCCUAAAUUUAUAUUGUGUGUAAUUAACACCCAUUCUCAUCGACAUUCACAUAUCAACAACGUUCAGAAGUGUAUUUUUGCUUAAUUUGUCAGUCAAAAAAAAAUUGUUAGUUUCUUCAGAAACCCUAGUGGUGAAACAUCUACCAUCUGAUUAUUCUGCAAAAACAUCAGCGCUAUGUUCUUUAUACAAAAGCUGCCAACCAAAGCGGCAUGUCCUCAGUAAUAAACUGUGUAUUUACAUUUAAAA